GAUCUGGUGGUUCUCGUCGAGCUCCUUGGGAAGGUCGUGUAUGGCGCGCAGCACCGUUACCUGCCACACCGGUUUGUGCAGAACAAAUGACUGAAGGACGAUUGCUACUAUCAACUACUUCCAAUACUUAUAUAUUAGAAGAAAGCGGCACAACCCGAGUAGUCCUCCGGUGGGAGGGUUGCGUCCGCGCAGCACGUGUGAGUGAGCGUGCUGGGUUGUUCCGCGUGGGAACGCGCGUACUGGGCCCCAGUGGGACUGCGGGGGGCGGCGCAGGAGGCGCGGGUCUGUAUGCGCUGCCGCUGCCGGAACUGUGCGCCGGCGCAUGGGCCAUGCGCCCUUUGCAGGAUUGCAAACAUGCGCGUCUGCCGCGCACGAAAACUGCACACUAUUUUGACCUACUUGAGUCAGGUGAAAAUGGUAAAACUAUCCUUGCGGUGGCUGUUGGUAGAAGGGUGAUGCUUAUGACGGAAGAAUCAAAGACUGAUAAUGAAAUGGGUUUCGAAUACACACAUAUCAAAGACAUUCAACUAAGCGAAUCGCCUGUAUUGAUUAAACUAAUGGACGGGGAAGUAGCAACGAUGGUAGUUGGUUACAAGCACCAUUGGGAAGUCCUAGAAACGAGUGCUGGACAAUCUGUAAAACGUGUAGAAAACUCUGAGGAUAGUGGACCUCGCCGAGGCACACUGGUCAACGCACUACACAUCGGUGAUGAAAGGGAUGGACAAAUAGUUUUAUGUUAUAACCAUACGUGUCAUUUUGAAAGGUUGACCAGUAAGGGGCUCGAGAGUGACGGUGAAUACGACUUUCAUUGGACAACCGUGCCCGCAGCUGUUGUGUGUGCAUUCCCUUACAUAAUGGCGUUCGCUGAAGACUUGUUAGAAAUACGAUUAGUAGCCAACGGGUCCCUUGUACACGCGGCCUGUAUUCCCGGACUGAAGUUACUUUGUGGAAGAAGGGACAUAUUCUACGUGGCGUGCGCGCCAGAGUACGUGCCGCUGAGCCGCGAGCUGGACUCGAGUCUGCUGCACGAGUAUGAGCUGGCGCGGCACGCGGCCGCUAAGCAACCGCUGCCCCCGCACCCGCCCUACUCACUCGACGAGGACGACAAUGAUAAGACCGAAUCCAACCAGAACAACCGGACGCCUGAGAACAACUCGGCCUCUAGCAGAAGCAGCUCUAUAUCUUCAGAACAAGAGAACAUCCGACCACCACUACAGCGCAUGGCGCCUAUAUCACCGCCAAGUUCGCCACACGUGUUGCCAGAGAACAGCGGCCGAUGCGUGCGGAUCUACAAGAUCCCACAGAGCAACCUGAGCGCCGGCGCGUACCAGCGUCAGUCUGUGUCGGCGGACCAAGUCGUCACCUCCUACUUCUCACAUAGGCCAAACAGUAUCCGGCAAAGGCUAGCAGAAUUGAGAUUGGACAGCAAAUCGAGGGGCGGAGGCGACGACGAAACAUUAUAAACAAGCAGACAUUCCCCACAAUAAUAAAAGGGUAUAUGCCUGCUAGCAAUGUCUUAACGUUCUAUAAAAUACUUGUAUUUUGAAUUUAGAAGCCAAAGAAUAUAUUGACUGAAGUCUUUUAUUAAGAGGGUGCUUCCCAUAAACUUAGCAACGUCUGUAUUUUCUCUUAAUGAUUUCUGAAUUAUUAUUUGUUUAUAUAUGUAUAUAUUUCUUAUUGCAUUAAAAUGUAACUUAUAUACUUAACAA